ACAGACAUCACAAGCUAAAAUUUUGUGCUUUUAGAAACUUCCAAUUUCGCUUGAGUGAACUCCAUUUUUAUGUUUGAUGAAUUUCCAAUUCUUGACUGAACUCAGUGUUUUACGGACGAUAUGGGAAUGGUAAUAUAUUACGGUGGGUUCUUAGCUAGUUCUCCGGUGAAUGUCAGGACAGUUAAAAUGUUAAAUUCAGCUGAACCUACUGCUCUGCGGUGGAAAGUCUUGGAGCAAGUUGAUGAAGAGCUGAUGAAAGGAGAUGAAAGAGCAGCAUUAAGCCUUGUCAAGGAGUUGCAGGGAAAACCCGGUGGUCUUUGUUGUUUUGGCACUGCAAGGCAGAUACCCCCAAGGCUCUACACCUUGGAUGAACUGAAGCUGAAUGGCAUUGAUGCUUCAGCAAUUCUUUCACCUGUUGAUGGGACAUUGGGUUCAAUAGAAAGGUAUCUUCAAAUUGCCGCUGUUUUAGGAGGGGUAUCAGCAUGGGCUCUAUUUGGCUUGACCCAGCAACAAAUUCUCUUCAUCUCUGUGGGAUUGUUAUUUUUGGCCACUCUAGAUUCUGUAACUUUCAGCGGAGGAUUUAGUAGCCUUGUGAUCGAUACAAUUGGUCAUGCCGUGAGUCAAAAGUACCGUAACAGAGUUGUACAACAUGAAGCUGGUCACUUUUUGAUAGCUUACUUGCUUGGAAUCCUUCCAAAGGGAUAUACCCUGACAAGUUUAGAAGCUCUGAGGAAAGAAGGAUCUCUCAAUGUUCAAGCUGGAACAGCUUUUGUGGACAUUGAAUUUCGUGAAGAAGUUGAUUCAGGAAAGCUUUCAUCCAAGAUGUUGGACAGGUUCUCAUGUAUAGCACUGGCAGGUGUUGCAACGGAAUAUCUUUUAUAUGGAUACUCUGAAGGCGGUUUAUCUGACAUUUACCAGUUAGAUAGCUUACUUAAAGGCUUGGGGUUUACGCAGAAGAAAGCGGAUUCACAGGUGAGGUGGGCUGUACUAAACACAAUUCUACUUUUGCGUCGACAUGAAAGAGUUCGGUUGAAAGUCGCAGAAGCUAUGUCUUCCCGGAAGUCUGUCGCCUACUGCAUUGACACAAUAGAGAAUACUAUAAAUGUUGAUGACCUCUAGGGAUUGUACUGUACACUCACCAUAUUCCUCACCUGUACUAUCACAAAUUUGUUAAUAACAUUUUUGCACAUUUUAAUAGAAAUACUGGCAUGUACGCCCGUACUUCUUGUUGUACUUAUUUUUUUCUGCUAAAUCAAGAUGUGUUGCCACUUCUAAAA